AUGGAGGGGCACACUCAGAAUAUUUCCAACAACGAUGGUAUCCAUGUGAUAAUCAUUGGCGCGGGUCUUGCAGGCCUAGCAACGGCUCUUUCGACCAAACUCGCGAACCCUUCUCACCGCGUGACGAUCCUCGAGGCAGUCAAGGAACUGCAAGAAGUUGGUGCCGGCCUCCAACUCACACCAAACGCGACGCGCCUCCUCGAAGCCUGGGGUCUCUUCCCGGCCCUCGUCCCCCUCGCGACCGUCCCCUCAACCCUCUCGGUCCACCGCUACGACGGCACCCGCCUCCUCGCUCAUGAACCGCACCUCCAAGAAACGAUCCAGUCCCGCUACGGCCAUCCCUUCUGGGGCCUCCACCGCGUCGAGCUCCAACGCGCCCUCGUCGAGCGCUGCGCCGCUCUCGGUGUCGACAUCCGCCUCGCCUCGCGCGUACGCUCCGUAGACUUUGCCAGCGCGACCGUGACUCUCGACUCGGGGUCCGAUUCUUCAUCGCCCUCUUCCACCACAGUCUCUGGCGAUGUAGUCGUCUGCGCAGACGGAAUGUGGUCCGCCACCCGCGCCCAAUUCCUCAACCGGCCCUCACCCCCCUCCCUGACUGGCGACCUCGCCUUCCGCAUCGCAAUCCCCAUCGACUCCCUCAAGGGCCCUCACAAAGCUGAGCUCGAGGCCUUUAUCAAAUCCGAAACCGUAAACUUCUGGAUCGGGCCCCAGGGCCACGGUGUCUCCUACACCGUAAAGCAGGGCCGCAUGCUGAACCUCGGCCUCCUCUCGCCUGAUAAUCUGCCCGAGGGCUCGACAAAAGUCCUCGGCGACGUCGAGGAGAUGCGUGGCCUGUUUUCCAGCUGGGACCCUCUGCUGCGCAAGCUGCUCGACCAGGUCGAGAGCGUGCACAAGUGGAAGCUCUGCUGGAUCGAGCCGCUGGACGAGUGGGCGAGCAAGGAUGGGAGGUUCUUCAUGGCGGGAGACUGUUGUCAUCCGAUGCUGCCCUACCUCGCACAGGGCGCGAAUUCUUCGCUCGAAGAUGGCGCCGUGCUGGGCCACCUGCUCGGUAAAGUCCGCGGCCGCGCGACGGAGACCGAGGCUGGGGAGAGUUCGUCGACAACGACCUCUCAGCUCGCUGCCGCGGCGGCCAUGUACCAGCGCCUGCGCAUGGCGCGAGGCCAGCGCAUCGUCAUGGAAUCCUUUGCGCAGCGCGACGAUUUCCACAUGCCCGACGGCCCCGAGCAGGAGCGCCGAGACGAGAUAAUGACGGCGUCGCUGGCACCUGGGGAGGGGCCGCGGCCGGGGUUCCCUUCGCGGUGGACGUGUCCUGAUAUCCAACGAUUUCUGUACUCGUAUGAUGCGUACGCGGAAGCGGAGACGGCAUACAAGCAAGAUCCGUUCUAG